UUCAAAGCAACCUCAAAAAGAUGUCUCCUCACCGGAACCCAAAGCAAAGCAUCUCAAGUUUUUACUUCAUCAUAGACUCAACUAACCAACCAUUAUCCAUUUUACUACUUUUUUCUAUCACAUCUAAGAACCCACCAUGGCUUCAACACUCAACGCAACUAUUUUCAACUAUUUUCUCAUUCUUCAUCUCAUCUUUAACCACCUCACACAAACACAAGCAACCGCAAAAAUCGGUGUUAAUUAUGGAACACUCGCAAACAACCUUCCUCCACCUUCCGAGGUCGCGAAAUUCCUCUCCAAAUCCACCACAAUCAACAGAGUCAGAAUCUUCGACGCCAACCCUCAAAUUCUACGCGCUUUUGCCAACACCGGCAUAGAAGUAACCAUAACUGUCCCCAACGACCAAAUCCCCCAAAUAACUAACUUAACCUUCGCACAACAAUGGGUCAAAACCAACGUCCAACCGUUCCUCCCCGCCACCAAACUAAUCCGAAUCCUCGUCGGCAACGAAGUGCUCUCCACCGCCAACAAACUCCUCAUCAGCAACCUUGUACCCGCCAUGCAAACCCUUCACGCGGCCCUCGUCACAGCAUCGUUGGCCAACAACGUUAAAGUCUCAACCCCACACUCUUUGGGCAUUCUGUCGAACUCAAGCCCUCCCUCAACCGCCAAGUUCAGACAAGGCUACGACAUGCACAUCAUCAAACCAAUGCUUAGUUUUCUCAAAGAUUCCGAUGCACCCUUCAUGGUUAACCCUUACCCUUUCUUCGGAUCCUCUGCCACCAACCUUGAUUAUGCACUCUUUCGGACCAAUUCCGGUGUAUUCGACGACAACACCAAUCUCCGAUACACCAACAUGUUGGACGCGCAACUCGAUGCUGUUUAUUCCGCGCUCAAGGUUUUGGGCUUUGAGGAUGUUCAGAUUGUCAUUGCCGAAACGGGCUGGCCCUCUUUCUGUGAUCCGGCCCAAAUCGGCGUUGACCCGAACGCUGCUUCUGAGUACAAUGGAAAUCUCAUACGACACGUCAAUUCUGGGGUUGGAACACCUCUCAUGCCUAACAGGACUUUCGAUACCUAUAUUUUUGCUUUGUUUGAUGAAAAUUUAAAGCCCGGCCCAACUUGUGAGAGGCAUUUUGGGCUCUUCUGGCCCAAUAUGAGUCUCGUUUAUGACGUCCCGAUAAUGAGGAACGAUGCAGCUGUUGUUGGUAAUAGACAUUAUUAUUAUAAAGCUUUUUUCUCAUUCAUCGUCGUCUUCAACUUCAUUUCUACGUCAUGGGUUUAAAUUUGGUUGAUUUCAGCUUUUCUAAAACAUCUGAUCUUCGGAAAUGUUGUUGAAACGACACCCAGCCCUCGAGCUUUCGAAUUUGAAAUCUGUGGCCACUGAAGUGGUGGUUGAUCUUUCUGAGGUUUGCUUGUUGUUGAUGAGAUUGUGGUAUCCCUUUGGAAUGAUUGGUUGAAAGGCAAAACCAAAACUCUUUCAUUAUGGAAACACAAAUUGGAUUCACCAGUCUAAACCAGCAAGCAAGAUUUGUUCUCAGCAGAGGCAUGUUGAAACGCAUAUCUUUAGAAUAUUGUAAUGUGCAAGAUUCAAGAGUAGAGAGGUUUUGAACCAAGUUUUACUGGAAUUGUCAAAGUCAUAACAAGGAUUCUCUACUUCUUUUUUUC